AUGUACAUAAAUGUAAAUAAUUUUAUUGACUUCUUCUUAUUUGUGAAGCGCCUUGAACUUUUGGAUAUGUGCGCUAUAGAAAUCGAGGAUAUUAUUAUUUAUAUUACCUCACACUGAGGACAAGGUUCCUCAAGCUGAGGACAAGGUUCCUCACGCUGAGGACAAGGUUCCUCACGCUGAGGACAAGGUUCCUCACACUGAGGACAAGGUUCUUCAAGCUGAGGACAAGGUACCUCACACUGAGGACAAGGUUCUUCACACUGAGGACAAGUUUCCUCACGCUGACGCUGAUGUGCGUAAGCUACUUAGUAAUUUUAAGAUGAAGUCCUGCCUAAUUGACCCGGCUCCUACUUUGGUAUUGAAAGAAUGCAAUGAAUCGUUACUUCCUUUUUACACUAGGAUAAUUAACCUCUCUUUGCAAAGUGCAGUGAUGACAGAACCCUUUAAGAUCGCAAUGUUAGAUCCAUUAUUAAAGAAGGUCAAUGCUGACUCUGACAUGUUUCAAAACUUUAGACCAGUUUCGAAUCUUAAAUUUUUGUCAAAGCUUGUCGAGAGGGCUGUGUUUGUUCAACUCAAUGAAUAUCUUGUCGAAAAUGAAUUACACGAAGUCUUUCAGUCAGCCUACAAGUCAUUUCAUAGCACUGAGACAUCUCUAUUAAGGGUGCAAAAUGAUAUUUUGCAGUCUUUGGACAAGAAGCAAUCGGUCAUCCUCGUUCUUCUUGAUUUAUCUGCUGCAUUCGACACCAUUGGACACGAGAUUUUAUUAUCUUAA